AUGGCUGAUAAUAACAGCGAUCAAUCAUUGAGUUCUCACGAUGAGGUUCAAGAUCCAGAAACCCCAUACGAAGAACCUCCAAAAGAAGAAUCCAAACAAGAAGAAAAACCAGACAAAGUCGAAGGUUCAAUUGACCAAAAAGAAGAGGAUGACUCUAAGAAGUCAGGAUUCUUCAAAUUCGAUAAAAUUACUGAAAUUAAAGGCGUUUUGACUCUUAAUUUCAAGGAACCUGAUCCAGCUUAUCUCGAAUUAUGGGGAACACCACGUUCCUUCACAGAAGAGAAAUUCGCAAACCACUUCGUUGUCAAGAGAAAAUGGACACAAAUCACAUUCUCUAUCGUAUUUUGGAUUAAUUUAAUCCUUGCCCUCAUUUUAUUCGCAUUCACAGAUCCAGCUGCCAGAAACAAGCCAUUUGAAUACAAAGGUCAAGUAAUCCCAGCUAAGAAUCUCCAUUUAGUCGCACUUUAUAGUGUUGGCACCUCUGUAGUACUUUGUGCUUUCAUUAUUUGUCUUCUCCUUAUCAUCCCUGGCCUCUUUAUAUGGUGGACCUUCUUAUUUGCUGUAUUUACAUGGGCUGUUAUCCUUGUUUUGAUCAUUAUUGGCGGAAAUCUCGCUAGCCAGAUCUCAUUCUCCGUCAUUGUUGUUGCCUUCCCAGCACUGUUCGUCUUAAAGAUCUGCGGAAAGGUCAAAUUCAGCACAUGUGUCCUCAAAUCGGCCAUUCUCGUUGCAAGAAAGUAUCCAUCUACAUUUUUAUUCACAUUCUUAAUGAUUUGCGCCCAAACAGGUAUCAACUACCUUUACGAUAUUGGUGUUACAGCUGCCUACUAUCAUAACAUCUCUCCUGGGGUCUACAUCUACGCUAUUUGGUCAUAUUUCUUCAUUACAGCUACCCUUCGUAACUACGCAUACACCGUUGUUGCUGGUGUUGCCUCCUGCUGGUACUUCCUUAACGGCAGCCCACACAUGCCACCAGCUCCUCUGAUUGUCUCCAUCAGACACAUGACUGGUCCCACAUUUGGCCCAGUUUGCCUCGGCGGCCUCAUCCAGUCAUUCUGCGAUACAAUCAACCAGCUCAACGAUACACCAGGAUCCUCACCAAUCUACUGCAUUGUUAAAUGCAUCUGUAUGGUCGUCAAAUGCAUGGUUACUGUUUUCAUGGGCAUCAUCAACAGAUUCGCGCUCAUCUACUGCGCCAUGUUUGGUGUUGAUACACAGAACGCGACAAAGAGAUGGUACCAACAAAAGUCAAGAAAGAUGGUCAACCAAUGCAUUUUACAUACAGUUUUACAGGCAACAUUCGAUACAGAUGCAUGGAUUUCAUCAUCACUUUGCGGUGCUGUUGCUUCUUAUUUCGCUUACAAGAAGUUCGGAAAAGGAUCAUCAGAGUUCAACUUCGCAACAGUUACAGGAACAUUCUUCGGAAAACAGGCAAUCACUUUGUUGUCUGCUCCAAUCAUCACAAUGUCUGAUGCUUUGUUUGUUGGUUUCGGCGAAGCUCCACAGAGAUUGGACUCUGGCGCUUCUGAGAUUAUGGAUUUGUUUGAUGAGGAAAACAAGCAGCUCUUCAGAAAGGAAAUCGAUGAACAACUUAAUGGUCCUGAUGAGAAGAAGUUCUGCUGCUGCUAA